CUCCCCCACCGUACAGCCAACCUGUCAGAACAGGAAGGCAAUAACUUCCGUGGGACGCGGUGGUUGCCCUGGGGUUACUCCACUUUUUAAAAGGAGUUCAUUAAUAUCACCGCAAGCUUUGGAUAUACUUCAUAUCGACAACUCAAUUUAACUUCAUACUUAGAGGAAAGCUCAUGUCAGACCCAAACUAACUCGCGGAAGGGAACAGACAGAGGACGAUCUAAUGAAGCUAAGCUAACUAAGGCUACCACUUGAUGGUUACUACAACAGCCACGGGAAGCUCGCUAUUUGGUGGGACUCAACUUUAUUAUCCUCCGCCGCUCGGUUCGUAUAUCAUUUCAUGUGCUGCUGAGCAGAUUCAAGCUGUUUGCUGUACUUUAGUAGUCCGCUUACAGCUCGUCUUCACCACUGUUCCAAGCUCACUGUUGGGGUCUCGUUUGAAUUUCCCUCCAUCGGUAUUGGUCCGGGGCUCCUCUCCCAGCAACUAGCAGCCCCGUGCUAACUGGGGCUACUGAGCCCGAAUACUAUUACACUAGGCCCACGGAUAAGUACACAUCUUGUCCAUACCUAGGAAAAACAAUACAAGGUUGUAAACAAAGCCUGUUUUCUCUUUUUGAGGUAGAGAGGUGCCUUUAGUCCACACUCAGGCACUAAGGAUCGAGACUCAGUCAUGGAUUCAAACUCUGGGAACGCUGCCUCGGGCUCUGCCUCCAAGAAGGACAAGAAGUCCAAGAAAAACUACGAGGACGGAGACACAAAGAAGAAGUUUAAACUCAAACGGCUGAUUCCCGAAGAGCUGGAACGCUUCACCAGCAUGAGGGUGAAGAAGGACAAGGAGCGUGGGGGCCCGGGGCCCACCCAGCGCCACUCCACCAGCUACGAGCCCAGCGGACAGAGCACCGCGCUGCACGACCUGAGUGACGAGUCGGUGCUGGAACUCUUCCAACAGAUGCUGGUGGACAUGAACCUGAACGAGGAGAAGCAGAAGCCUCUGAGACAGAAGGACAUCGGCAUUAAGCGGGAGAUGGUCUCGCGCUACCUCCACACGUCCAAGGCUGGCCAGAGCCAGAAGGAGAGCUCCAGGUCAGCGCAGAUGUACAUCCAAGAGCUGAGGUCAGACAUCAGAGACACUCAGCUACUGGGCUGCCUGGAGUCGCUCAGAGUUUCACUCAACAACAACCCAGUCAGCUGGGUGCAGAACUUUGGUGACGAGGGUCUGGUACUGCUCCUCAGCCUGCUGAGGAAACUACAGGAGGAGAGAGACGAGUACCCAAACGUAUCGGGGAAAUGUCAACACGAGAUCAUCCGGUGUCUCAAGGCCUUCAUGAACAACAAGUACGGUCUGAAAGCCAUGCUGGCCACCGACGAGGGGAUCCCUCUGCUGGUCAGAGCCGUGAACCCCCGGGUGCCUCACAUGAUGGUGGACGCCAUCAAGCUGCUGUCGGCCAUCUGCAUCCUGGACCACAACGACAACCUCCAUGAGCGUGUUCUGGAGGCCAUCACAGAGGAGGCGGAGAGGAAGGACAUCGAGAGGUUUCAGCCUCUCUUGGCGGGGAUGAAACAAAACAGCGUGGCUCUGAAGGGCGGCUGCAUGCAGCUCAUCAACGCCUUGAUCAGCCGGGGAGAGGAGCUGGACUUCAGGGUCCACAUCCGCUCUGAGCUGCUGAGACUGGGACUACGAGACCUCCUGAUGGAUGUCAGGACCAUAGAGAAUGAGGAGCUGCGGGUGCAGCUGAAUGUGUUUGACGAGCACGCAGAGGAAGACUCCGAGGAGCUCAAAGCUCGUCUGGACGACAUCCGCAUUGAGAUGGACGACGUGAGGGAGGUGUUCGAGAUACUCUUCAACACGGUGAAGGACUCCAAGGCCGAAGGCCACUUCCUGUCCCUCCUGCAGCACCUGCUGCUGAUCCGCAAUGAUUACCUGGCCAGGCCCCAGUACUACAAGCUGAUGGACGAGUGCGUGGCCCAGAUCGUGCUGCACCGGAACGGCGCCGACCCGGACUUCAAGUGCCGCAACCUCCGGCUGGACAUCGAGGGAUUGAUAGACAACAUGGUGGACCAGACCAAGGUGAAGACCAGUGAGGCCAAGGCCGUUGAGCUGGAGAAGAAGCUUGACGUCGAGUUGACGUCGCGCCACGAGCUGCAGGUGGAGCUGAGGAAGCUGGAGGCGGACUACGAGGUGCGCCUGCAGGACCUCAGCAGCGAGAAGGAGCUGCUGUCCUCCUCCAAGCAGGAGAAAGACAAGGAGAACCAGGGCCUGCAGAAGAAACUAGGCACACUGCAGCAGCAGAUUGAGAAGCUGUCCCAGGACCUGGUAGAAGCCAAGACCAAAGUGGUCACAGUCCUCGUUCCCGCGCCCGCGCCCGCUCCCGCGCCCGCUCCCGCCCCUCCAUUGCCGGGACAUGCGUGCAUGCCUCCCCCUCCACCUCCUCUUCCGGGAAUGCCGGGUCCUCCACCCCCUCUCCCGGGAAUGCCGGGACCUCCACCUCCACCCCCUCUCCCGGGAAUGCCGGGACCUCCACCUCCACCCCCUCUCCCGGGAAUGCCGGGACCUCCACCUCCACCCCCUCUCCCGGGAAUGCCGGGACCUCCACCUCCACCCCCUCUCCCGGGAAUGCCGGGACCUCCACCUCCACCCCCUCUCCCGGGAAUGCCGGGACCUCCACCUCCACCCCCACUCCCGGGCAUGGGCGGACCACCCCCGCCACCCCCACUUCCCGGCAUGGGCGGACCACCCCCGCCACCCCCACUCCCGGGCAUGGGGGGUCCCCCGCCGCCUCCACCUUUCCCCGGGAUGGGUGUUCCUCCUCCACCUCCGGGCAUCGGCAUGCCCCCGCCGCCCCCCGGCAGCUGGGCCCACGCGGCCCCCCCCCCGCUCCCCUUCGGCCUCCAGCCUAAGAAGGAGUACAAGCCAGAGGUGCAGCUGAAGAGGGCCAACUGGAGCAAGAUUGGACCAGAGGACCUGAAUGAGAACAGCUUCUGGACCAAGGCCAAAGAGGGCCGCUACGAAAACAAUGAACUCUUUGCCAAGCUCACGCUGGCUUUUUCCUCGGCGACCAAAACUUCUAAAGCCAAGAAGGAGCAGGAUGGCGGGGAGGAGAAGAAGCAGGUGCAGAAGAAGAAGGUGAAGGAGCUCAAGGUUCUGGACAGCAAGACCUCCCAGAACCUCUCCAUCUUCCUGGGCUCAUUCCGUAUGCCGUAUGAAGAAAUCAAGAUGGUGAUCCUGGAGGUUAACGAGAAGGUGCUGACAGAGUCCAUGGUCCAGAACCUGAUCAAGCAAAUGCCGGACCAGGAGCAACUGAACACGCUGGCCGACAUGAAGGACGAGUACGAAGACCUGGCAGAGGCCGAGCAGUUUGCGGUGGUGAUGUCGGGCGUGAAGCGGCUGAAGACGCGGCUGGAGGCCAUCCUGUUCCGGCUGCAGUUCGAGGAGCUGCUGAACAACGUGAAACCCGACGUGGUGUCGGUGACGGCCGCCUGCGAGGAGCUCAGCAAGAGCCAGACCUUCGCCAAGCUCCUGGAGAUCAUCCUGCUGGUCGGCAACUACAUGAACGCCGGCUCCCGCAACGGCAAGGCCUAUGGCUUCAGCAUGUCCUACCUCUGCAAGCUGCGCGACACCAAGUCAGCUGACCACAAGCAGACCCUGCUCCACUUCCUGGCGGACGUGUGUCAGGAACAGUAUCCCGAGGUCAUGGGCUUCAGCGAUGAGCUGGUCCACGUGGAGAAGGCCAGCCGAGUGUCAGCGGAGGUGCUCCAGAAAAACAUCGAGCAGAUGGGCCGUCAGAUCAAGACCCUGCAGAAGGAUCUGGAAGCCUUCCCCCCUCCCCAGAACGAGAGGGACCUGUUCUCUGAGAAGAUGUCGAGUUUCGUGGGCACAGCGAAGGAGCAGCACGAGAAGCUGGAGCUCAUGCACAACAACAUGGAGGAGCAGUACAGCGAGCUGGGCCGCUUCUACGUGUUCGACCCCCGCAAGAUGUCCGUGGAGGAGUUCUUCGGGGACCUCAAGACCUUCAAGACCAUGUUUGAGCAAGCGGUGAAGGAGAACCAGAAGAGGAGGGAGACGGAGGAGAAGAUCAAGAGGGCCAAGCUGGCGCGAGAGAAGGCCGACAAGGAGAAGGAGGAGAAGGCCAAGAAGACCCAGAUCCUGGACAUCAACUCAGAGGGCGAUGAGACUGGUAUCAUGGACGGCCUGUUGGAGGCGCUGCAGUCUGGCGCUGCAUUCAGGAGAAAGCGGGGACCACGGCAAGCAGACUCAAUCCUGUCUUUGUCACAGCUAGUCCUGGAGGCGGGUUCGCCAAUCACAGGCGAGCUGGACACGCAGUGACCAAUCUACUGGCCAAAGAGCUGAUGCAGGAGGACCCACAACCAGCCGGACUAGGAUUUAAGAAGAUAAAGAGGGAGGAGCCUAUGCUGGAGGGGGCGGGAUCUUUAGAAGACCUGUUGGACGAAAAUCUUUCUCGGGCCAAUUAGAACUCUCUAAAACUCCAGAGUUAACCCCCAAACAGAAAGGGUCCCGGGUCGACCGUAGCCAAACAACGGCAACUUUGAAGCUUUGCUUAUCCCUAAAGACAGACUGAUCUGGCCCUGCUCCUCCCAGGCUGGUGGACCUCCCUCUCACGUCGUCAUGGCUCCCUGAACGCCCCUCACUGUCGGCCAUUUGUUACCGCCAUAGGCACCUAGCUGCUCUCUUCUGCAUCUGCCCCCGCCAUCUUCGGCUCUCUUUUACCUUUGCUCUUUUUGUCUUUUUUAUUUUCUUUCGUUUCAGGCCCGCAUCGAAUCCAUUCAUAGUUCUGUCUCUCCCCAUAAGUCACUCAUCAGGAGAAUCCAAAGACUUAACUCGGGAGCAAGCCGCAAUUUACAAGAUCCGCCGGUAGCUUGGCUUCAAUCACGCUUUGAUUUGUUAUAUUUCUGGUGUUUAAUAACAAAUUGUGUACUUUGUGUAUUUCAAUGGUUUUAUAAACAUUCAGACGCUCUUUUCUCCCCAAACCCGUGCGCUUCUGUACUACUAGAUGAAUGUGCGUCAGUUUAUACUUUACCUUAAUGUGUAUCAUUAUUUCUGUUUAAAGAACCACUAUGUGCCAAUCAAUACAAUCUUCUGUCCAAUCACGCUUGGUGUUGGACAGGUGUGUGGACCAAUCAAACCUUUUCUCACAAGUUGUUGAAAUCCCACUGGUGUAUGUUGAUGUUGUGGUGAAGGGAUUCACUCGUUUUUUGGAGACGUUAAAUGCACGGGUGUUAUUCUUUAUUCGUAGACGUAAGCAUACAUUAAAAGCACUGUAUCCACACAUGUUGAAAAUGGUACAAUUAGGUCCUAAUGCAGAUAUGUAAACCCAAACUUACAGAGAUGACGUCCUUUAACCCCAUAUCAAUAAAUGCGCCAAAGCAGGAGUAAUAGACCCACGUCCUUACUCGUAAGCCAAUCAGAGCACAGGCGAUUGUUACCGAUCUCAACGAAUGUAUGUUGGUGACAGUGGGUUGGUUUGCAUGUAGUCAGUUGGGUCUAUUUAGUGCUGCGAGGUAGCACUGUAAUCUACACAUGUGUGCGUUUGUGCGCACAUUGUCUAUUCUCAACCAUGCAUUUGUGUAUGUAACUGUCCUUUCGGCCACCUGCAAUAACUGCACAUUGUAGACCAUUGUCAUUAAUUAGUUUUCAUAAACAGCACAACACUUGAAAACAGCCCAAAAUACUGCGUGCGUGCGUGUGCGUGUGUGUGUGUGUGUGUGUGCAUGCACUUGUGUGUGUGUGUGUGUGUGUCAUUUGUUUGCUGAGCGUCUGGUGUCAAUGUUUCCUAUUCGUGGACCAUCAGAAUAAAUGUUGCCGUGAUGUCUCAGUGUAGAUGUUAGCCUUCAAACAGGAAUUUUGAGAGAUACUCUGGACCACGGUUCAUUUGAUACGCAGCAAUAUUUAUUCCUAUGCAAACCGACUGUACACGACCACAGCAUCAGGAUGUAGGGGCAGGGAAGAGCAUAUCAGUAGAAGAUGUGUUUCACACAGCAGCACAAAAUGGAAGCCAAUAUUUGUUAUAGUUCAGACGAUGUGUGUGGAGAUUUCACUGUUAUUGAAGAAACUAAGUCGGGGAAUAGCAUUAUAUGCACAGGGAACCAUUCGCACUUAGCAGACUAAUAUAGCAUUCCAUGGAGCAGCAUGAUGGCAACAAGGGGAAUAGAAAAUCAAUAAAGGCAACACUUGUUGCGCUAAAAUUAAAAGCAAAUGGUUAUUGUUUAUGUGACUGCAAUCACCAAAGCUAUGCUAACAGGUCACCAACAGGUGAUGGAUUAUCUCCCAACAGCUCUCAUGUCAAUAUGCAAACGCUCAGCCUGUCUUUUAAUUUGUUCCACAUGUUUCAUCUCCAGAUGGAAACUUCCACGGGAGCAUUUCUGAUGUGGAGCGGUGGAUUCAAAUAUCUUAAGAUAUCAUUCCUUUUGUCGAUUUAUAUUGAUUGUUAUUUGUUUUGAUUUUUUUAAAGAGAUUUUUAUGUAAUUUUUUUUUUACAGUUAAUUUUAAUGUAUGUGAUUUUUUGGACCAAAUAAUGUACAAGAGUGGUUUGCUUUGUUUCAGAACAAUUCCAUUUUGCUUGCUUCUGAAACGCCACAAAGUCUUGUAGUUAGUGGAAGGCUCUUGCAUAAUGUACACAUCUGUUACAGAAUGUGUUUGACUUUUUGUUGUAAUAAAAUGUCACUCGUAACAAA